GUGCCGGUACCGCGGCCCUCCGUGGACGCCGCGAACUUCUCGCUGCUCUCGACGUGGGAAGGGCAUUCGAAAAACGUCCUGAGCGUUGCGGUGUUUCCGUCGGGCGACCGCGUCGUGUCCGGGUCUACGGACGAGACGCUCAAGCUGUGGGACGCGAGCACGGGCGAAUGCCUCGCGACGUGGGUAGGGCAUUUGAAGGAAGUCUGCAGCGUCGCGGUGUUCCCGUCGGGCGACCGCGUCGUGUCCGGGUCUGGGGACAGGAUGCUCAAGCUGUGGGACGCGAGCACGGGCGAAUGCUCGGCGACGUGGGAAGGGCAUUCGCACUACGUCCGCAGCGUCGCGGUGUUCCCGUCGGGCGACCGCGUCGUGUCCGGGUCUUGGGACAAUACGCUCAAGCUGUGGGACGCGAGCACGGGCGACUGCUUGGCGACGUGCAAAGGGCACUCGGACUGUGUCUUUAGCGUCGCGGUGUUCCCGUCGGGCGACCGCGUCGUGUCCGGGUCCGACGACAAGACGCUCAAGCUGUGGGACGCGAGCACGGGCGACUGCCUGGGGACGUGGAGAGGGCAUUCGCACUACGUCCGCAGCGUCGCGGUGUUCCCGUCGGACGACCGCGUCGUGUCCGGGUCUUGGGACAAGACGCUCAAGCUGUGGGACGCGAGCACGGGCGAAUGCCUCGCGACUUGGGAAGGGCAUUCAAACGGCGUCGACAGCGUCGCGGUGUUCCCGUCGGGCGACCGCGUCGUGUCCGGGUCUGGGGACAGCAUGCUCAAGCUGUGGGACGCGAGCACGGGCAACUGCCUCGCGACGUGGAAAGGGCAUUCGGACUACGUCAACAGCGUCGCGGUGUUCCCGGCCGGCGACCGCGUCGUGUCCGGAUCCGACGACAAGACGAUCAGGCUGUGGGGCGCGGCCAGCCUGACGUAA